AUGUUGGGGUUGCCAACUUUCAGCCUUCUGACUUGCUGGCAGAUCAUGUUGCCAGUGAAGACGAUGAGACAGCAACGUUCUCAUCAUUACAUACAACUUCUUGCCUUUAGUCUGCCGUGCCCAAGUCCAUUCGCAUUUCAUUUUCUCUGUUGCCCGCGCGCAAACAAAGCUGCAAAGAAGCUGCGGGCGCUUCCGGGGAGUCUUUUCCGGCGGCGGCGGCGCCACGCGAGCGGCGCCCUCGCCUCUUGCCCGCGGCCUCUACGGGUCAACGGCGCCGCGGCGCAGCAGGGCGCACGGAGCGGCGACCUCGGAGGCGGGGAAGUGGCGGUGACGGCGGCGGUGACGGUGACGGUGACGGUGACGGUGGGCGGUGACGGGCGGGCGGGCGGCGGCGGCGCGGCGCGCCUGCUGUGCGGAUGGCGGUGGCGGUGGAGGCGCGCCAAUGCGCUGGCGGUGGCGGUGGCGGUGCCGUGGCGGUGGGCGGUGGCUGGGUGCGGUGGCGGGCACGCCGGCGGCGGCCGUGGCUGGCAGCGGCGGCGGUGGGCGGGUGGCAAGCGGGGGCGGCGGGUGGGCGGUGGCAGCGGCGGCGGUGCAGUGGGGUGGUGGCGGCGGGCGGUGGGCGCGGCGCCAUCAGGAGCAGUGGUGGGCGCCCUAUCGCCCGGAGACGCAAUAAUGCGAUAG